UGUCCGGCGAAUCGUGUGCCAGUUAGAACAAGGAAUUAAGAACCAAGAAGACCGCCAGCCCGGUCUACAUUUCUUCGAGAAGAGUUUGCAAUUACAGUUAAACAGACAUGCGCUUGUAUUUGAGAGCUUCGCUUUGCUCGGUGGCUUGGCUGCUGGUGUUUGUGGCGCCCACAGCUCUGGCCCAAGUGCCUUUUCCCGGCCAAUGCCCAGAGGUGAAGGUCAUGGACACAUUCGAUCUCGAGGCAUACUUGGGCAUCUGGUAUGAGAACGCAAAGUAUCCGUUUGCCUUCGAUAUUGGCAAAAAGUGUAUUUAUGCCAACUACACUCUGAUUGACGGCAGCACUGUGGGCGUGGUCAAUGCGGCCAUCAAUAGAUUCACUGGUCAACCAAGUAGUGUUACAGGCACCGCCAAAGUUAUAGCGCCGGCCCAGCUGGCCGUGACCUUCUCCAAGAAUCAGGUUGCCAAUCGGCCCAACUAUUUGGUGCUUGGCACCGACUACGAAUCAUAUGCCGUUGUCUAUAGCUGCACCAAUCUGCCGCCGCUUGCACAUUUAAAGAUUGUCUGGAUUCUGACACGAGAGCGAAAGCCGUCGCCAGAUACGGUGGCAACGGCCAAAGAGGUGCUGGACAAUAACCAGAUAUCGCGAAAGUUCCUCAUCGAUACGCUCCAGAAGGGCUGUCCCAUUUUGGACGACAAUGAAACCGAGACGACAACGACAUUGGGCGACGAUGAUGAUGACUUCACCACCACGACUCUGCCAAAUGCCAUCGAGAAGGCCUGAGAAUGGCUUCGGCGCUUCUAUGAGCGCCUUUUCGACCUUUUCAUGAAUUUUCUGAAUGACUAAGCGCUAAGUUUAGGUUUAAAACCCGUGUAUAUAUAGUGUUAUGCGAAGCAAAUAUAAAAACACAUAAUGUGCUGCGAAUGCCAUUAAAUUAGAA